UGCCCUAGGUCCUUCCGUCCUCCCCAACACUACCGGCCGCCGCCGCCCUUCCCCAUCCACUUCCGCCGGCGAGGAAAGCAACUUGCCUGACAAUGCACGGCAAGCGUGACCGCCUCAUCGGCGACCGUUGUCUUUCCGUCCUCACAGACGAGAAGCAGGAUAUAUGCGAUCUGCUCGGUUACAUCCAUGAUUUCUACAGGGAGGCGCUCGAUCGGCUUCCGUUGGGGGCGAUUCCCUCGCUGGCCCCGCGCCUCCUCAAGGCCGGCAUGCCCAUCGGCUUCCUCGACCCAGUCUCCAACAUCAUCGCCAACACCAUCGCCUACACGCCUGGAUCCGACCAGGACGAGGAUGAGGCGCCGUCGUCGGAGUGGAUCCUCUCCAAGAUCAUCACUGACGCUAACGACAUAUUCGCCUUCGAACUGCCGCUUUCCCGGCACAAGUCUAUGACCCUCGCGCGGCUGUCGCUGGACGGUCUUGUCAGCUUCCUCACCUCCCACUACCGCUACCUCGUCAGCUACCUGCUCCUGGCCAGGGCCGAUCUUCUCACCGCCGUGCGCCUCAUCGAGCGUGAUCGUAACAAGAGGUGCAACUCCUUCAGUAUUACCUCCCCUACAGCCAAGGUCGCCCUGGAAUGUGUCGCUGUGUCUGCCAGGCAUCCUCAACCAGACGUUCUGGUGAAAGCGUCGCUGACUAUGGCCUCUCGCCUGGCCGAUGUCACCGCGCUUCUUGCCGGACAGGGCCCUCUCUCGCCUGCAACUAUCAGGAGCAUCGCCAAGCUGCUCAGGAGAGGGCCUGCGAUUAUGGAUGACCUCACCAACCUAUCACUGGAUCAUCUUUGUGGUAAGAGGAAGAAUAAGAAGAGAAAGAGAAGCGAGCAGACAGCAGAAACCAUAGAGGGGAGCAGGGCACAGAAAAAGCUUGGUCCUCAGUUGACAUUCAGAUACACACUGGCUCUGAAGCUUUUGCUCCUCGGCAAGAUCCAUGGGCACUACUUGCAGGCACUUGCCAAGCUGCCUCGGGAUGGCUUGCGCAAGCUUCACCACUGCAGCCUCCUCAGGGGUGGAUAUUGCUAUGGACCCAAGGAUCCUGUCUCCAACAUUAUCCUCAACACCAUCUGGUAUGGCUCCAUGUUUCCCACGCCCCAAAAGUUUCAGCUACAGUUUAAGGUGGAUAUGAUAUGCACAGACAUGCUUGCACGCAUUGAGUGCUGUUCUCUUUACGGCCUUGUCACCUUCCUUCGCACCCGUCUCCCCUCUAUCUCGGAGCACGAUGCAAUCUGGUAUCUGUUCAGGAGCGAUGCUGAUGUCCACAAGGCCAUCCGUGAGGCAAUGAAGCAUGAUCAUUCUGUGUCUGGCAGUUACCAGGACGCCUAUAGGCAAGCAGCGGUUGCUUCAUGGCAUGAUGACCCUGAUGCGCUGGUGAAAUUUGCCAUGUCUUCCUUGAACAUGGAGUCCGCCCAGUUGUUAACUAUAUUGCAGGGCACACUCACCAACGGCAGAGUUGAAUGCCUGACCAUGGCUCUGCCACAUCAAUAUUCACCUACCCAGUCCGAGGAGCAGCCUCAGCAAGUGACCCAGGCGACCUCAAACUCACAUGUCUUGAGCAAAAACCAGAAAAGGUUCAUUUCAGAGUUCCAGAAAAAAUUCAGGCGCGACCAAAACUUCUUUGUCAGAAAGGUCAAGGUGGCAUUGAGCGACUACUCCCAGCAAAAAGGGGUGCACUAUAAACUUCAUAUCAUUUGCGGUGUGAAUCCUAGUGUACCGGGCGGAUCAAGUGCUGCUCUUUUUAAGAAGAGGUUCCCAUUUGAGUACUUCCAUAUCAACUUCUUGGCAACAGCCAAGGGACCAAAUUCUGCUGUUGCAGCUCCAGAACUGUUCUUCGCUCAAUGUAGCAAUAGCGUCGAAGAGAGGCGGAAGAGACCAUCCUGGUGCUCCCCUGUAUCAGUAACUCGCAUAGAUAAUGUUCGAUGCUUCUCUUGUGAGUUUAAUGGGGCAAAGAUUGUGCAUCCAUAUGAUGAAUCAUAUUGUGGGCGCUACGAAGAUUUCAAUAUUAUAGCUCAGGGAAAACAUGGCACUCCGAAUGAUCUUCUUAUCAGCUCCUGCCAUUAUCAUUCUGACAUGAUGGCCACAAUGACAGAAGAUUUUAUCUAUUUUGAUCCCAACAUGGACUCAGAGUUUGCAAAGAUGAAUCCUAUUUCUAAUGUGGCUAGGGAGUUGAAAGGAUUUAAGGGUAGAAUCUUCUGAUAUGUUUCUGGCUUGUAUGAUAGAACAUAACAUAUUAGCUGUUUUAUAGAUGUAGAUUGGAACGUGGAAACAUAUAGUUGUAUAUAUGGUUCUAAAUUGUCCUAAUUUCCUUUUACCGCCUCUUUUGUUGUUUUUUCAGGAGACGAAGUAGUGUUUACACAUGAACACGUCAUCGUUUUUCCUAUAUAUAU